AAACAGUUUCCGGUUGGCGCCAUGGCGGUGGUAGCAGACACCACGAGCGGCGCGGGACUCGAUCGGGGGGGCAGGCGCGGCUUCUGGGGGCGGCUCGGCGCUAGCCGCCUGGGCCAGUGGUGGAAGAGCCUCCUGCACGAUUAUGUGGAAGCCUGUAAGGAGGUGGUUGUGGGUGCCCGGCAACGGCCCGGGAAAGCCGGGCUUUACCUCUCGGUGCUGGCCGGGGCAGCCGCCUGCAGCCUCCGCAUCCCCAGCGACACCUCCUUCGAUGCCUCCCUCCUCGAGGCCUCUGGCACCCUGCUCCUCCUCUCCCCCUGGGUCUGCAACACCACCUCCAAGGGCCACGUUCAGCGCCUGAUGCAGCUGAGGAACUGGGGGCAGCUGCGCUACCAGAGCCUGGUCUUCUUUUCCCUGGUGUAUGAGGCCCCUUUCGACGCAGAGACCGACCUGUACUUGGCUCAGUGCAAGCACCUGCAGCCGCGCUGGACAGAGUUUCCAGGCCGCAUCCUGGAUGUGGGGUUCUGGGGGCGCUGGUGGGUUUUAAAUGCCAAAAUGAAGGACUCUGACAUCAAUGAUGAGGAGUUCCAGAACCUUCCAGAGCAGCUCCGCAUCAUCUCCUUCCAGAACCUCCACUCGGAGACUAAUGAGAGACUGUUCGGCGAGAAAUACAAGCCUGUUGUCCUGACAGAGGAACAAAUCGAGCAGGCAGAGAGGGAGAUGCAGCCACUGCCUCAGGGGGUCACAAACCAGUAACCUGAACCAAGCAGCGGUUGCUUGAGCCAGGGUGGAUAUGGAAGCUCAGAUAGGUUUUACUAUGGGAUUGUUUCUUGUUGGACCCCUCAGCCUUGUUGCAUGCUGAUUUCCCAGCCUUGGUGGCACUGGCAUUCAAUAAAGAGGAUGCGGAGGCUCUUA